AUGUCCGUGAAGCGGGUCCUGGUUAUUGCAGGAUCUGACAGCUCUGGUGGCGCUGGCCUAGAAGCUGAUCAAAGGGUUCUGGCCGCCCAUGGGUGCUAUGCUCUCACAGCCACGACGGGGUUGACAGCUCAAAACACACUCGGCGUGCAGGAUAUCUUCGUCGUCCCAUCGGAAUUUGUGAGAAAACAGAUCAAUGCAGGCCUAGAGGAUGUCGGCUGCGAUGUAGUGAAACUUGGCAUGCUCUCGUCCGCGGAAACAAUUGAUGUCAUUGCCGAGACACUCCAAGCGCAUCAAGUCCCCGCCAUAGUUCUUGAUCCGGUCAUGGUGUCUACAAGUGGAGCGCAGCUUCUCCCAGAGAAAGCCGUGAAGGUGCUCCGGACCAAACUUCUCCCGAUCACUACCAUCCUCACCCCCAAUAUUCCAGAAGCCCAACUACUACUGAAGGAUUCCGGCGUAGAAGCUGCUGAGCCUGUUGAUCUUGCUGGGUUAAUUGAACUCGCCAAAAAAAUCUGUGGCAUGGGCCCAAAGGCCGUUUUGUUGAAAGGCGGCCAUCUUCCUCUCACUAAGGACCUCAAGACGACCCAGGACCCCAAUGAUGCAGCCACGGUUGUUGACAUUCUGUUUGAUGGCGUAACGGGCGAGACAGCGCUUUUCGACACCGAGUACUUGGUGUCCAAAAACACACACGGUACUGGCUGUUCUCUUGCCUCCGCGAUCGCCGCCAACUUGGCCAUGGGUAAGAAUAUGUCACGGGCCGUGCGCAGUGCCGUGCGGUUUGUAGAGGCAGGCAUCAGAACGAGUGUUGAUCUGGGGAAGGGGAGUGGACCAAUCAAUCACUUCCACUCCAUUUAUACCAUGCCUUUUGCACCUGGUCGAUUCAUUGAAUAUGCCUUGGAUCGUCCAGAUGUUCAGAAGGUGUGGAAGAAGUUCACUCAUCACGAGUUUGUUGAAGGUAUAGGCCAGGGUACGCUACCCAUUGAGCGAUUUAAGGAAUAUCUUGUGCAGGAUUACCUGUAUUUGGUUCAAUUCGCUCGCAGCAAUGCAUUGGCGUCAUACAAAUCGCAAAGCAUGGACUCAAUAGCAGCAUCUGCUCAGAUUGUCCUCCAUAUUCAACGAGAAAUGGCUUUGCAUUUGGAUUACUGUGCCUCUUUUGGUCUUUCCAAAAAAGAGAUGGAGAGCCACCCGGAGACUAUUGCCUGCACUGCGUACAGCCGGUACAUCCUUGAUAUUGGCCAGUCUGAAGAUUGGCUUGCACUUCAAAUGGCUUUGGCUCCCUGUUUGAUUGGAUACGGUGCUAUUGCUCAGCGACUACAUGCUGAGAAAGGGACCCUCCGUGAGGGAAACCAAUUCUGGAAAUGGAUCGAGAACUAUGUUGCCGAGGACUACACUGAAGCCGUGCGGCUCGGAUCAGCGCUAUUGGAGGAGCACAUGCAUCAGGUAUCGCCCAGUCGGGUGGAGGCUUUGAUUAAAAUAUUUGUCCGAGCGACCGAAUUAGAGAUCAGCUUCUGGGACAUGGGAAUGAGUGAUAAGAAGGUGUGA